GUCUGCUUUCGUAUAUUGUAUAAUGUUGUGUGUGUAGUGUAGUUGUAAGUCUCGGUCUACUCGCGGUGAUUGUAUUUAGGUUAGUGUUCAUAGUUUUGCUGUGUCCUACAAAAUUACAAAUAGUUUUUUCUAAGAUUCUAGUGCAAUAAAUAUAAAAUCGAGUGUUUACUAUAAAGUGCACAAGUGCAAACACUAAGUCAUAGUGGGAAUUCGUUAAAAUGUGGAGGUUUACUUCCAAUUUAACCUGUAGACUGUUAUUUUUGCCCAAAUACAAUGCUAUAAAACCUCCAAGGCAGUUUUUCUUUUCCGAUUCUUUUAAGUUGGAGUCUGAGUGGAAUGAUAGACUGAAAUCACCAAUCUUAAGCAAAAUAAACACUAAUGAUAUGUUCUAUGAACUUGAUAAUCAGUUUCAACAUUUUGGUUAUGCUAGUGCUUUAGAUUUAGACCUAUAUGUAAAUGCAGUAAAUGAUGAUUCCAGUUUCGAUGAAGUUGAAGACGUUGUGCACAAGUUAAGAUUAAGUACAGAAGCAAGUAACAUACUUCCAUCAACUCAUCAUGGAUUAAUCCGAUUGUAUGUGAAAUGUAACAAGACUGCUGAUUUAAUCCGUAUCUUGGAUGAUAGGUUGAACUAUGGCAUAUUUUCUGAUGAUUAUUGUACUCUUUUAAUGAUGGAUGCUUUCAUUAAAGCUGGAAAUUUUAGAGAUGCAGCUAAAGUCAGCACUUUCAACAUGUUACAGGAAGACGUAUCGAAUCCUUUAAUAAUGUAUAUGUCAUUGUACGCUUGCCACAAAUACCUUGAAAAUCCUACCCCUUGGAAAGAUGAAGACGAAGAGGAAAAAAAUGAUGGUGGUGGUGAAGAUGAUGAUGAUGAAGAAGUCAAAGUCAGGGUGAAAUACAUUCGAAACCCAUACUUCGAUGACCAUUUUGAUCUUGUAGACCCCAAACAUCUCUUGGGAAAAACUUUAAACCUCAUUGGGACAAAUAUUGUAGAUCAUGUGGGAAGAUCAUACAAGUUACUUGGAUUAUUACUUCAUGACAGAUUUGAACAAGCAAAUGAUUAUAUCAAAACUAUUUCAGAAUCAAAAGAAACUCCUAUUCUUGCUAAAGAUGCGUUAUCAAUGGCAAAUAACAUAUUAGAUGAAAAAUGUAAAGUUGAUAGUAACUUUAAAAAUGUUUGUGAUAGUUUAAAAGAAUUAUUAAACCGAUCUUUCUCUGACGCACAGUUGGUUAUUGAAGAUCAGCUACUAUCAACAGUAGAAACACGUUUGAGAGAUUUGGUAAAAACUAAUGAAUCAUCAGAAAUAAAUAAACAGCUGCAGAUUUAUGAAAAAUGGGAAAUCCAUAGAGGAAAGCUUCUUCAAGAACAAAUUGCAAGACUUAAUAAGGAGAAACAACUAGCAGAAAUUGAGCGUCAGAAACAGCUUCUUAGAGAAAAAGAAGAAGAGCUCUUCUUUUUUGACAAUGAAGACAAACUGGAUCUGAUCAUUGAGGAAAAAGAAAAGAAACAAGAAGAACAAAGAGAGCGGGAAAGACAGAGGAUGUUGGCUAAAACAAAUGCAAAAGAAGAAGAAAAAGAACCAGAACCAAAAGAACCAACAUUGGAAUCAUUCUUCGAUGAAAAUAUUCCAAUGAAACUAAUUAAAACAAAACUGUAAAAAUCAUUCUUGUAUUAAGGUAUUGUAAAUAUUAGUUUUUUUAAUAAAAAAUGUGAUUCAUUAUUUAUAAUCAAUA